CAAUCCGUUUUCCACUCAACUCAUCAACCAUCAUCACCACCACCACUACCAACCUAGGAAGCCUUCUCCUUUACCUAUAUAGCUUUAUCUCAUCCAAGGCUUCACUAGAACCAAACCCAUUAUUUUCUUUUAGCUAAAACUAGUUAGAUCGAUGACAAUGAAGAAGCCGAAUCAAGUGGGGAAAGAUAGCGGCCGACCGCUUCAAGUGAACAGUAACAAGCUUCGAAAGGGCUUAUGGUCUCCUGAAGAAGAUGAGAAGCUUGUUAAGUAUAUGUUAAGUGAUGGAGGAGGGUCUUGGAGUGAUAUUGCUAGAAAUGCAGGCCUUCAAAGAUGUGGCAAGAGUUGUCGUCUUCGUUGGAUCAAUUACCUGAGACCUGACCUCAAGCGUGGCGCUUUUUCUCAUCAAGAAGAAGACCUCAUCAUCCAUCUGCAUUCCAUUAUUGGCAACAGGUGGUCUCAAAUUGCGGCACGUCUUCCAGGAAGGACAGACAACGAAAUCAAGAAUUUUUGGAACUCCACGUUGAAGAAAAGAUUGAAAAACAACCACCCUGCACCCUCAACAUCUUCACCAAAUGACACUGAAAAUUUAUCAGAUCGUCAUCAGCAUACAGGUUUUAUAGGAGCUGGAGGGAUGAUGAUGAUGAUGCCCAUGCAUGAUCAUCAUGAUAUCAUGACCAUGUGCAUGGACAUAUCAUCUUCUUCAUCGACUGCCUCCAUCCAAACCAUGGUCACGCCAAACAAUAACCAGUUAAUCGAUCCCUUCGCUAUGCUUGAAACUUACAUGGGAGAUGGAUCAUUUUAUAGGGAUUAUGGGAUGUUAGAGCCAUGUGAAAUGGGAUUAGAAGGAGACCUUUGGCUUCCUCCACUAGAGACAAGAUCGAGUAUGGAAGAGAAUAGUAAUGUUAAUGCUGCCAAAAAUAACAUUAACGUUGACAUGAAAAGCCAUAACAACCACUACAAUAAUAAUUCUUGCUUCAAUAAUACAACUCCUGGUCCUGAUCAGCAAGGGUCAAAAGUUGGAGACAUGUUUGAGUUGGAAAAUAAUUGGCAAGGAGAAUGGGAUUUCGAGGGUUUCAUGGACAAUUUAUCUUCCAUUCCUUUUCUUGAUUUCCCACUUGAAUAAUUUGGCCUCUUCUUAAUUUCUUUUCAAGGUCUCACUCUCGAUGCUGUACGUCCUAGGAAAUUUUGGGCGGCCAUUCUUUUCAAAUUAAAACAUGUCAAAAGCUUUUAGUUUUUCUUUCAUAUUUCUCUUACUUUGUUCUCUCAGAAGCUCUUUCUUCUUGGCCUCUUCUCGAAAAUAUUGAAGAUCUCAAGGUCCUCCAGUAAGAGUAAGAUACUUUGGUUAUUUUUUCAGGACAAGCAUGCCUGGUUUGUGGAAUAUUAAGAGUAAGUUUCUGAGAAGAGAAAUGUGAAUAGAGGUAUAUAGAUAAUAUAGAGAGUCAAAUAAUAAAGUUUAGUUGGUCAGUUGUAGUUUAAUAUACAAAUUAAUGGGAAUAAUUUGGAGGUGGGGUUGUUCUUGUAUUGGGAGAUGAAAAGGAUGAGACACAGAUUAUGUAAACAAAUUCAUGCUGAUAAAAGCAAAUUCACGAAUUUUUUUCUU